CGAGAAAAAAAAAAAAAGAAAAACCCCCAAAAAAUCCGAGAGAAGCCUGCCGAUGACCCAAAUUUUCCCGGAAAAUUUCUAGCUUUCCCGGGGAGCUCUCCCGCAGUUCCGGAACCUUCUGCUCACGGAAAUGGCGGCGGCCGUUGCUCCCCUGUGCUUCUCGGCCAUCGGUCAGUCCCGCGACAAGAGAUCGCUCGCCUCGUCGACGGGGGCCGCCCCCCGUCCCCACGGCGGCGGCAGCUCCGGCUCCGGCUCCGGCUCCGGCUUCGAGGGGAUUCGGUUCCGUUCGAGCGUAUAUGGAGUAGCGAGGACCUCGACCUCGAGCUCCCGCGCGGUGGCUGUUCGCUGCAUGUGCGCCGCAGUAGAUGUUCCCACUGUCGCUGAGACGAAGCAGAAAUUUCUGAACGCGUACAAGCGGCCCAUCCCGAGUAUCUACAACACCGUGCUGCAGGAGCUGCUCGUCCAGCAGCACCUGAUGCGGUACAAGAAGUUCUACCGGUACGACCCCGUGUUCGCCCUUGGCUUCGUGACCGUGUUCGAUCAGCUCAUGGAAGGGUACCCGAGUGAUGAGGACAGGGAAACGAUUUUUCAGGCGUACAUUCGGGCCUUGAGUGAGGAUCCUGAGCAAUACAGAGUCGAUGCACAAAAGUUGGAAGGAUGGGCCCGCGACCAAAGUUCAGAUUCAUUAGUUAACUUUUCGUCCAGAGGAGGGGAGAUUGAAGAGAAGUUGAAGGAUAUUGCAGAAAGAGCUCGGGGUAAGGGGAGUUUUAACUAUAGCCGCUUCUUCGCCGUGGGCCUGUUUCGUCUUCUUGAACUGGCAAAUGCAACAGAGCCUACAGUACUAGAUAAGCUUUGUGCUGCUUUAAAUAUAAAUAAGAGAAGUGUGGACCGUGAUCUUGAUGUAUACCGUAACCUGCUCUCCAAGCUGGUUCAAGCGAAGGAUUUACUGAAGGAAUAUAUUGACAGGGAGAAGAGGAAGAGAGAAGAAAGGACAGAGUCCCAGAAGGCUAACGAGGCUAUCACAAAAUGCGUGGGAGAGUACCAAGAAGUUGGCCACUAGUUCAGUAUGAUCACUUCUCCAAUCUGCAAUAUGAGGCCCUUGUGACCUUUCUAAAUUUUUGAGGUAUUAGAGUCGGAGGCAACGUGGUUUUGGGCUCUUUGCCUCUUCUUGUGCAUUUGCACGCUAAAUGUGUCGUUCAUAUGUGAAUUCAGCCGAUACAUAGUGUCCCAUUUUUCUGGAAAUAUAUUUUAUAUCCUCAAUCGAUGAAUUUGCAUACUGUAACCUCUCAAAACCUAAUGUAUCUAUUUGGGUAAAUGCAAUACGCAAGAUGUCUUUUUCGGAUUA